UCUUGUUAGCUACAGAGUGAAAAGCUCCUGCGCUGGAACGCUGUAAGGGGAAGUGCUGCUGACUCUUGGAAUGCCCUGACAAUAUCAGUGCAUUAUCCUUCCAGUUUUAAAGAGACCUUCCUCCCAGGAAACCCAUGAGUGAAGCCUCUCUGCAAUGGAACCCCAGCCUACCCUGGCCUGGGUCCUACUACUGAGCCUGAUCGCUGACUGUCUGAAAGCUGUUCAACCUCGAGACUUUACAGUGAAAGACAUUAUCUAUCUUCAUCCUUCAACCACCCCAUAUCCUGGUGGAUUUAAAUGCUUCACCUGUGAAAAAGCAGUGGACAAUUAUGAAUGCAACCGGUGGGCUCCAGAUGUCUAUUGUCCAAAAGGUACAAGAUACUGCUUCACACAACACAAGCUGGAAGACAGUGGAAAGAGCAUAUCUGUCACCAAGCGAUGUGUGCCAUUAGAAGACUGUUUGUCUACAGGCUGUGUAGAUUUAAAAUACGAAGGACAGAAGAUCUGCACUUCCUGCUGUGAAGGAAAUAUCUGCAACUUACCAUUACCAAGAAAUGCAACUGAUGCAGUAUUUGCAACAACAUCCCCUAUAAACCAGACAAAAAGACUUUCACAACACAUAUCACUAAUAACUUCAUGUCUCUUAUUGGUAUUUACUUCAUAGCAAUAUUACAAGGUGCUGUUUUUAUGGUCAGAAAAGGUAAACCAGCACUUGCAUAUUUUUUGAAUCUUAUCUUAAUAUAUGUUUUAAAUUCCAGUAUUUCAAGGACAUUCCCAAAAUUUAAUUUCUCCCUGAAUGUUUCUUGUCUUACAGUCAGUGCAGAGUCUAAUGUACCUGAUGUAUAAAUGCAACUGAAGGAGGGAAAAAACCUGGUUGUUUUAACUUUAAUAUUCUGAGUAUAAAUACAUUUUAAAGCUAGUGGUCUGUAGCAUACAUCAGUGCAUAGAAUAUUCUUAAAAUAUCGGUGUCUUCUCUCCAUGAAGUAGUUAUAUUUAAAAAAAUACUGCAUAGCUACAAGAUUCUAUCAGCAUUUGUUUUGAGGGUUUUUUUGAAGCUGGCAUAAGAGAAAGCAUUGUUGACAGUUUUUACAUUAUAACUUGGAAACAGAUUACUACUAAAUUAAGGGCUAAUCCAGCAAUGUCCUAGCAUUCCAAAUUCCUGCUGACUUCAGUGAGAAUUAUUUGACAAUGACUACCACAGUACUGCAUUUUAAAUUGAAUACAUAUAUAAUCAAACAACACUUUAUUUUAUAUAUAUAUAUAUUUUUUUCCCAUCUAUCAAAGUGUGUAAAGGGCAGUAAUGCUAUUGUUUGAGUAAGCAAAAGACAACAUUUUGAGAAACACACACAUAACCUAUUAUACUCUGUCAUUUCUCUUAACACCCUCCUCCCAACAUAUGGUGUAAAAAGACUACAAGCCGUGGCUAUAUUUUUGGUACCCAGUGCUUAUUUUAGCUGUAAAUCAUUUACAUGGUAUUUAUUUUUGUAUGGUAUGAUUGCAACCUAAAGUAUUGUAAAAAAAAUCCAUUCUUAAGACCAAUAUAUCCUGAUAGGUUAGUUGUUUUAAGAGUGGGUAAACUUGUAAUAUAUUCGCUAUGAUAAAUUAUCUAUAAUAUUUUGAACCAGUGUUGAAAACGAUGAACUUGUUUUCCAAGGUCAGUGGGAAAUUAAAGUGGCCAUUGCUGGUUUAUCUUAACACUAAAUAAAAAUAUGGUGGAACUUUGUGCAUUGCACAUCUAGAUAAUCACACAUUUAAGUGAUUUUAUGGACUAGUUUUGGUUAGCAGCAAUUGACCAGUAACUUGCACUUCAUCAAGUUACAAUACAGCUUUAUGCCAUAAACUUUCUGUGAAUUAUAUCAUAAAAGGAAGGGAAGAUUGCUGGAAUCUGAGAAAAUGCCUUAUAAAGGGCUCAUAACAUUUUACAAACAAGCAUUAAUCCAGUAGAGUUCCUUUCAGAUAUAUAUGUAAUAGCU